AUGGCGGAGAACCCGCAGCUGUUCGGGAACGGGAUGCCCGUGCCCUUCCACGGCGAGAUGUUCGUCCUCGCCCGCGACGGCGUCGAGUUCCACGUCGACAAGAUCCCCUCGUGCGCCGGCGGUCACGCAAAAACAAAGGGCACCAUAUACCUUUCUAACAUAAGGAUGGUGUUUGUCGCUGCCAAGCCUGUUGGCAACUUCUUUGCCUUUGAUAUGCCCCUGCUGUACGUGCACGGUGAGAAGUUCAACCAACCGAUAUUUCACUGCAACAAUAUUUCUGGGUUCGUUGAGCCGGUUGUUCCAGAGAGCCAGAACAGGGCUCUGUACUCGACCCACACCUUCAAGAUCUUGUUCAAGGAAGGUGGAUGCGGUACCUUUGUGCCACUCUUCCUGAACCUGAUCACAUCAGUGCGGCGCUACAAUCAGUUUGAAGCCCAGCCCGCUACUGUGCCCCGUGUGGACCCCAUGCAGGCAGCGCAGACUCCUGUCGAUGACAUGAUGCGCCAUGCGUACGUCGAUCCACAUGAUCCUACCAAGAUCUUCCUCCAGCAGCCCGCAGCGGAAUCCCAGCUGAGGAGGAGAAACUACCACGGCCCCGCUGACAACGCGUACUGA